CGCAGACCGGUCGUAAUUACUCAUUGCCAUCGCGCCCGGCCCGCCAUCCCACUCUACAUCGCUCAAAGGCCGACGGGACCUGGACCGGGCGUUGCACCGUGGUGGCCCGGAUGCGUUAGGAAAGACUCAUCAGCCUGCAUCCUUAGUCAGCACCGCUUCUGCAACUCAGCCUCAUUAGAAGUCUGCGCAACAAGUGCGGCAUUAACCACAACAAGAGACCCACACCCUUUCACCAGCCUUCGCACACCCCACGGUCCAAGCGCUUGGCUCCCCACAGCUGCUGAGCGAGCAUCCGCCGCACGUCACCAACCCUAAGUAAGCCUUGCUUUGCGCGUGACAGGCCCUCGAAAUAAUCGCCGUCUUCACAAACCCUUCCCGGCCGGCAGUCGACACAGCAGCUUCACUGAGUCGCGCAACCUAUCAAACCGUCCAACUAGAUCGUUUGCUCGCCUUUCACGUAUUCACCAUGGCAAACAAUAACCUGCUGCCACACCACUCUCUUCCUGCGCGACCGCCUCCAUCGACAUACUCGGCGCCGCCCUCACGAUCAGGCAAUGUAGGCGCAAACCCACAGGCAAACUCGCCGAUGUUUGCUGGAUUCACACCUCGCUCGGUGGUAGCGCACGCGCCGCCACAGGUGUCUGCUGGACCAACUAUGUAUCCGCAAGCAACUGUGAGCGCUCCUUAUCAAGCUCCCGCUUACCAGUCGAGCAAUGCUUACAACAGCUAUGCGUAUCCAGCGUAUGCCGCUGCUGCACCAGCUGCGUCAUUCCCACCAACUGCCUCAAUGAAUCGUGGUGCGAGUGGCACAUAUGACCCUGAAGAAGAGGCGCGCAUAGCUGAGUGGAACAGCGCGUACAGCAGAGAUGACGCGAACGCUAGGAAGAGUGGUAUUCCUAAUACCGGCCUGGCUCAGCCCUCAACAGACACCGAGAAAGGAGCUCCUGACGGCAAGAAGAAGACCGUCGUUCGAGAGGGCGGCGGCAAGAACUGGGAGGACGAGACUUUGCUUGAGUGGAACCCACUGCACCCGCGACUCUUCAUUGGCAACCUUGCCGGCGAAGUUACAGACGAUUCGCUUCUGAAGGCCUUCUCAAAAUACCCUUCCCUGUCUAAAGCCCGCGUUGUGCGCGACAAGCGCUCUACGAAGAGCAAGAGCUACGGCUUCGUCAGCUUCUCCGACACCGACGACUACUUCCGCGCCGCCAAAGAGAUGAACGGCAAGUACAUCGGCAGCCACCCCGUACUGAUCAAGCGAGCAACUUCCGAGGUCAAGGCGGUUACGAAGAAAGAGGACAAGCACGGCAAACACGGCCAGAACGGCAAGUUCAACAAGAACAAGAACGGUGGCGGGAAUAAGCCGAAUACGGUCACCGCUGCCCCGGCGAUGACGGCUACGCUGCCGUUCAUCCCGCGAGGCGUGCAGAAGAAGGGCAAGCAGAGCGGCCCCCGAGUUCUCGGAUGAGCUGCGAGCUUCGCGUGGAGGACGUUCUUACUAUAAAUUGGGAAAAUACGCUCAGGAGGCCUGACCAAGCUACUGCUUCGAGGCAUGCGAGUCUAGCAAGAUUGCCGUGGCGAGGACUAACAGAGACAGAGCAAGGCUGCGUUGCGGCGCCAGCAGGAGUUCGUGAUUCGUCGUGACCGGGAGGUCUGUGAUGCGCAAGUUAUGGAGAGAAUUUGUUGUAAGUAUAAGUCGGGAUAGACUAGAGAGGGUUCGGCGCAUCCUAAUAUUAUCCAGUGAAAUAAAACUACUUCUCAAACAAUAUGAGUAUUUCGCAUUCACAAACUAGUUCGUGGAGGAACGUGAGUCUGGCCAACGCGAUGAU